AUGGAUCUUGUUGGAAUCAAGAUCGGCGAGCAUUUUCAAUGUGAUGCUUGUAAAUCAAUUAAUGAAGGAACAGAUGAUUUGAUCAUUUUAGAAGCAGAAGUACAGCCGAUCUUAAAUACAAUCACAUCUGGCUCGAGAUCCAAUAAAAUCUGUCCGAUAUGUAAAGCACCUAUGAACGGAAUCAUGAAAUACAUAGAUUUUCCUCCAACUUUUGUUGUUUCCACUUCAGAUAGGAUUAUUCAGCCCCUUAGCAUCAGAAUAGAAUCUGUUGAUAAGGAUUAUGUCCUCAAAUCAUUUGUUGCAAGGGAAGAUGAUAAAUAUUAUUCAGUUGUUCAAAAAUUCGGAAGAUGGUUCAAGAUAAAUGAAUUUGUUCAAGAAAUUCCACUAGAUUACGUUCAAAGUAUUCAUCCUAUUUUGUUAUUUUAUUCUCAAAAGUACAAUUUGUGA